GUUGAAUUGUCUCCCUAACGUCCCUUCCAAACACAAACACGUUGUGCAAUUCGUCCUCUGUGUUGUGUCUGACCAACGUCGACUUGGUUGCUGGUCCGUCGUGCUUUCUCGUCGCUCCUUACUCGAGAUCUCUUCUUACCUAAUUUGUUUUUAAUUGUCCCCGUCCCCGUAGCCGUACCAGUACCAGUACCCUUCGGCAUAUCCUUUUUGCCUCUGACGCAAAGUGGCUGGAGAGCGGUGCGAGUACUCCGUAUAGGACGGGCAGCACUUUUUUGCUCCUCUCGAGUCUGACAACGGCACCGACUUUCUUGGAACUUCUCGCUUCCAAAAAAGGGCAGGUUCACGCGUCAUUCUCGCAGUUGCGACUCAGCGCUCUCUCUCUGUCCUCCCAGAUCACCAGAAUUCGCUCUCUCACGGCCACGGCUUUGCCCAUCGAGAACUCCUCUGCCACGCCAUCAUGUCUUCUGCCAAUGCCGACCUCCUCAAGUCGAUUCCCCUGCCGAGUCUCGAGCACCCAUUCGGUGUGCCAUUAUGGCCCAUAUUCGAUAAGGCCUUCACGGCCGUGAAAGGGUAUCAUCCACAAGAUUUCAACUUCCAACCCCGAGUGACGCCAAUGUCCACCUUGAAAGAGACGGCCAUUACGAUUUUCACAUACUAUGUGGUCAUCUUCGGGGGGAGGGAAUUGAUGAAGAACCGGGCGGCCUUCAAAUUGAAUCUGCCAUUCAUGAUCCACAACUUCUACCUGACCACCAUCAGUGCCGUUCUACUUGCACUCUUUGUUGAGCAGCUUGUGCCAACUCUUGCCAAUCAUGGGCUUUUCUAUGCUAUCUGCGAUGUGAAGGGUGGAUGGACUCCUCCUUUGGUCAUUCUCUACUAUGUAAGCUCAAUCUCCUGAUCGGUGCCGGGAAUGCCUCGUGCUAAUUUCUGCCAGCUCAACUACCUUACCAAGUACCUCGAAUUGAUUGAUACCGUCUUCCUAGUCUUGAAGAAGAAGCCAUUGAGUACGCGAAUCCCCUCAAACGUAACCAAAAAUAAUUGCUAACAUUUCCGUAGCCUUCCUCCACUGCUACCACCACGGUGCCACCGCCGCCCUCUGCUAUACACAAUUGAUUGGUCUAACUUCAGUUUCAUGGGUUCCUAUCACAUUGAACUUGAUGGUUCACGUUGUUAUGUACUGGUACUACUUCCAAAGCGCGCGUGGAAUCCGCAUUUGGUGGAAGGAGUGGAUCACCCGUCUCCAGAUCAUCCAGUUUGUCAUUGAUCUUGGUAAGGCCAACGCCCCUAUUCAAUUGAAUCCCAUUAACUAACCAUCCCAUUAGGAUUUGUCUACUUUGCGUCCUACACCUACUUUACCUCGACCUACUUCCAAUGGAUGCCAAAUGCGGGUAACUGUGCUGGAGAGGAAUUUGCUGCUUUCGCAGGAAUGGGUAUAAUCAGCUCUUACUUGGUCUUGUUCAUCUCAUUCUACUUUGCCACCUAUAAGAAGGAUGGAAAGCGACCUACUGGACGAAAAGCUGCUCGCUCUUUGGUCGACGCAAAGCUUCCAGACGUCUCCGCAAUCCUCGAUACCAAGCCAACUCCUUCCAAGAAAAACGGACAUGCCGUCUCCAGUGGUACCUCCCCAAGCCCAAGAGUCACCCGAUCGCGCAAGGCCUAAGCCUAGCUAUGAGAAAGUCGAGUCGCAAUCGAGACGAAUGUUGGAGCUUUCAAAGGCCCAAAAUCGUGGACUCUGCAGACCCGGAUAAUGAAUGAAAUGCGUUGGGUGGAAGGGGGUGUGGACUUUUACGCCCUUAUCCAUUUGAAUCUGCCUGUUCGAUAGAUUCGUAUGUCUAAAAUUCUCUGUACAAUGGAAAAAGAUAACUGCGUUUUUUUUGUUUUUACUUUCCCUUUUACACUUUCGCUAAUCCGGUACCCUGGACACAUGGGCCGCUCCUUUUCUGGGCGUUUUGCUUUAGAGAGAGAAGAAAAACGGGAUGAAUAGAGAUGUGAAGGGAAGAAUAGGAAAGCAUGGAAUAGGCGCGAGGGAGGCA